AUGCAAUUGAAGCAAUCUCAACUACCAAUCACAAGAUUCAAAGCAGUGAAUAAAGAUUCAAGAAAUAUUGAAAGAGAUUUCUUGGCCAAGUUUUACAAUGCCACAGGAGGAAGAUCUUGGAUGAAAAACGAAGGAUGGAAUACUAUGGGAACAAGAGAUGAAACUGACUAUUGUACUUGGUAUGGAGUGGAAUGUGAAAGAAGUGGACACUAUGUGAUUGCAUUGCAAUUGAUUAAUAACAAUUUGACUGGAUCAUUACCAACUGGAAUUGUGGAUGGAUUGCAAAGUUUGAUGGUAUUUGAGAUUGCUCUUAAUGGACUGAGAGGGGAAAUUCCAGAAGAGUAUGGGCACACAACCAUAACAGAUAUUGAUCUCAGUUACAAUCAAUUUGAAGGUAUUCUUCCACAUGGAAUUUGUAAUAUUAUUACAUGCAGUGCUCACAAUAAUCCACGAUUGAAAUGUCCAAAAGAUAAUUGCAAUGAAAAUCAUUGUGUGAUGGAUGUUUGUAAUUGUGGAAAGUAUUCUAUUUGUCAAAAUGAAGUUGAUUGUGCUGGAAAGUUGUGUUCAAAAUGUGUUCCUUCAUCCUAUUCUCCUUACAUUAAAGUUUGUAGAUAA